AUGCCACUUCUUUUAAAUUGUGCAUCUGAAAAAUCAAAUUGUGARGAUGACGAAGACAAUUUUUUAACACCAGAAGUAAUAAGUGACUUACAGAUUGAUGAUACACCAAAGGAUAAAGAUGUGGAUAUUCCAAAAACUACUUCCAUAGCCUCUUCCAGUGAUUCAGACGAUACAUUAAAUUGUACAGAAAAUGAAUCAAUACCUAUGUCUUCUUUGUCAUUAGAAAAAUCCGCUAGUUUUUCUGUGUCGCAUUGCAUUGCGCAGCAUGGUAAGCCACUUUCUGACGGAGAAUACUUAAAAGAAGUUUUUGUUAAGGCGUCUAACAUUUUGUUUCAUGAUUUUACUAAUAAAAAUGAAAUAAUAAAACGUAUUAACGAUUUGCCUGUUAGUAGAAAUACUGUAAAAGAUCGUAUUAUUUGUAUGAGUAAUGAUAUAACAGAUCAGCUUCAAACAGAUUUGGCUUCAGAAAAUUAUUUUUCAAUCUGUCUUGACGAAAGUACAGAUGUAACUUCACAGGCGCGACUAGCAGUCUUUGUUAGGUUCAGUAGUAUUAAUAUUAUGAGGGAAGAAUUAUUAAAAUUAAUGACGAUUUCUACUAAAACAGCUGGUCAAGAUAUUAUGAAUGUAGUACUUAAAGAAUUCGCCAAUUUAAAAAUAAAUAUAAAUAAUAUUGUUUCAAUAACUACGGAUGGUGCCCCUAAUAUGGUUGGCAAACACAAUGGAUUUGUUCAACUUUUUUCGAAAGAAAUUUCUCAUCCGUUAAUCAGUUUUCAUUGUUUAAUACAUCAAGAAGCGUUGUGUGCUAAAGACAGCUUGAAAUCGCUUCAAAAUGUAAUGGAAGUAGUUAAAAAAGUUGUCAAUUUCAUUACAUCUCGUGCUUUAAAUAACCGACAAAUUACUAAAUUAUUAGAUGAAGUUGAAUCACAAUACGCUGGCCUUUUAAUGUAUAACAGUGUUCGUUGGUUGAGUCGUGGUCAAGUUCUUCAUCGAUUUGUUGAAUUAUUAGAAGAAAUACGAUUAUUUUUAUUCGAAAAAUCUCAAGACUAUCCAAAACUUAAAGAUUUAAAUUGGUUGAACGAUUUAAUGUUUUUCACUGAUUUUACUACAAUGUAUAAUGAAUUAAAUAAAAAACUUCAAGGGCCCGGUCACAUAGUCUUAACAAUGUUUGAAAAUAUCAAAGUUUAUGGGUCUAGACCACCAUCAAUUUAUUGUUAA